AUGGUCACCAUGACCAUCACCUCGCCGUGGAUUGACGAGGUGAUGGUGACCAUCACCUCGUCACCCAUCGACGUCGGCUGCGAUCGAGGUGGUCGCGAAUCGGGCCACCCAAACUGGUACGCCCAGCGCCUCAUGGGCCGCGUGGGAGGUCAGGACGAGGUGCAAUCGGCAUCGAAGCGCGUCCGCAUCGGCAUCGCCAUGACGAGCGCGGCGGCGGCACCCACCGCAAGGGCGUCGUGUCUCGCCACCUUCAAGGGCGUCGUCGACUUCGCGCGGGCGGUGACCGCCCAGAUGGAGGAUGCGGAUCGGGCCCAGGUGAUCGAGCGCCAGGUCGCCCACGUGAAGAUGAUCGUCCGUCGUGGUGGUUGCGCCAGGGAUGACGCGACUCAGACCGUACACGCCAUCAACGCGACAGACAUCCUCACGGCCGCCCAGAAGCGCGAGCUGAUAACUGCAGUAACGGAGUCGGUGACGAUGGACAUCGCCAUGACGGGCAAGCGUAACGGGCGUAACUUCAACGUGCAGUACCAGACGCACCAGUACCCAGAGCACUACCUGACGACGGAGAUGUGGGCGCUGCUACAGGACCCCCACCAGGCGAAGCUCGAUAAGGUUGGCGAGUACUUCGUGCACACCCUCGGCCUGCACUACCCCGACCAGAAGACGGUGCCUCGCUUGGCAGCCCUCGUGGUCGCGAGCGAGAUCGCCGCGGGUCGGGAGCCUACGCCCGCGCAGGCGUUCGAGUACAAGAACCA